GUUGUUACUCAUUUGUUUCGCGGUGUACAUGCUAGUUUUUCGGACGUGCUAAAUACCAAGUGAUAGUGAUAUAAGAGACGUGGCAAUGGAACUGCAAAGCGAUGACAUUUACCGCGUGCCGGAGACGAUACACUUCCCAACGGAAGAGUUAAAUAUACUGGAAAUAUGGCGCAGAGAAAACACUUUCGAGCGUUGCAUGCAGCUAUCUAAGCAGAAACCAAGGUAUACAUUCUAUGACGGCCCACCCUUCGCCACGGGUCUGCCGCAUUAUGGCCACAUUCUGGCCGGCACUAUUAAAGAUAUCGUGACGCGCUACGCGUAUCAGCAGGGCUAUCAUGUGGAGCGUCGUUUUGGCUGGGAUUGUCAUGGUUUGCCGGUUGAAUUCGAAAUUGAUAAACUUUUGAAUAUCAGCGGACCGGAAGAUGUGCAGAAGAUGGGCAUAGCGGCGUACAAUGCAGCUUGCCGCAAAAUAGUUAUGCGCUAUUCAAAUGAAUGGGAAACAGUUGUGACACGUAUGGGACGUUGGAUUGACUUUCGUAAUGACUACAAAACGCUCUAUCCCUGGUAUAUGGAAUCGAUUUGGUGGGUUUUCAAGCAGCUCUAUGACAAAGGACUCGUUUAUGAGGGUGUUAAGGUGAUGCCCUAUUCAACUGCGUGCACAACGGCGCUUUCUAAUUUCGAAUCCGGCCUAAAUUACAAAGAGGUAAUGGAUCCUUGUGUGGUGGUAGCAUUUGAAGCGGUAAAUAUGGCAAAUACAUACUUCCUCAUUUGGACAACUACACCGUGGACGUUGCCGUCGAAUUAUGUCUGCACCGUGAACCCGAAUUUGGCUUAUGUGAAGAUUCUCGACAAGAAAACUAACCGCUAUUAUAUAUUGGGUCAAACACGCUUAAAUUACGUCUACAAAAGUGAAGACGAUUAUGAGAUUAUCACAACAUUCAACGGCAGCAGUUUGAUCAAUGAACCAUAUAAGCCGCCGUUUACAUAUUUCGUCCAAAAAGGUUUAGCAGUAAACGCAUUUCGUAUACUAGUCGAUGAUUAUGUAACCGAUGAUAGCGGCACGGGCAUCGUGCACAAUGCGCCCUACUUCGGUGAAGACGAUUAUCGCGUUUGUCUCAAUGCAGGUAUUAUAGAGAAAGCCAGUCCACCAAUUUGCCCGCUCGACGAAGUAGGACGCUUUACGGCGGAGGUUACCGAUUUCGCGGGUGUAUAUGUUAAGGAUGCCGAUAAAUUGAUAAUAGCGAAACUAAAGAAACUCGAUGUACUAGUCUCAGCCGGACAAGUUAAGCAUAGUUAUCCGUAUUGCUGGCGUUCUGAUACGCCAUUAAUCUAUAGGGCGGUGCCAUCAUGGUUUGUACGCGUGGAGCAUAUGUCUCGGAACUUGCGAGAAUGCAGUGCACAGACUUAUUGGGUGCCAGAAGGUGUACGCGAUGGCAGAUUCGGAAAUUGGUUGAAGGAUGCGCGCGAUUGGGCGGUAAGUCGCAAUCGUUACUGGGGCACUCCCAUUCCGAUCUGGCGUUCACCCAGUGGUGAUGAAGUCAUUUGUGUGAGUAGCAUUGAGCAAUUGGCAGCAUUAUCUGGAAUUCACAUCAAAGAUCUGCAUCGUGAGACAGUUGACGAAAUCGAAAUCCCCUCUGCCGUACCAGGAAAUCCACCAUUACGUCGUAUUAGCGCCGUUUUUGAUUGUUGGUUUGAAUCCGGUUCAAUGCCGUAUGCGCAACAACACUUUCCAUUUGAAAAUCAGAGCAAUUUUAUGAGCAACUUUCCGGCCGACUUCAUUGCCGAGGGCAUAGAUCAGACUCGCGGUUGGUUUUAUACGCUACUUGUUAUUUCGUCGGCUUUAUUCAACAAGGCGCCAUAUAAAAAUCUCAUUGCGAAUGGGCUCGUGCUGGCCGCAGAUGGACAGAAAAUGUCGAAAAGUAAGAAAAACUAUCCAGAUCCAAUGAAUGUGUUGCACAAAUAUGGCGCCGAUGCUUUACGUUUGUAUUUGAUAAACUCGCCUGUGGUGCGCGCAGAGAAUUUGCGAUUCAAGGAGGAAGGUGUGCGUGACAUCAUCAAGGAUGUGUUGUUGCCAUUAUACAACUCCUAUCGCUUUUUACUGCAAAAUAUUGCGCGUUACGAAAAGGAAGAUCUGCGCAACUCAUCGCGUUACGUCUACAACAAGGAGCGCCAUGUGAGCGGACAAACCAAUCUACUCGAUGUUUGGAUAGUUUCGGUGAAGGAGUCUCUUAUUGCCUUUUUCGCAAAGGAGAUGAAGCUGUAUCACCUAUAUACGGUGGUGCCACGCUUGACUAAGUUCAUAGAUCAGUUGACUAAUUGGUACAUACGCUUAAACCGUCGCCGUCUUAGAGGUGAGCAAGGCGUUGCAGACUGUCUACAAUCUCUAGACACGCUCUAUUCGGUACUCUUUGACUUGAUCCAUCUACUAGCGCCAUUCAUGCCAUUUCUAUCUGAAUACAUUUACUUACGUCUGCUACCGUUUCAAGCGAAGGCAGCGAAGAUUCCAGAAGCAACUUCGGUGCAUCAUCAAAUGUUGCCACAAGCAAAUUUGAAGCUCGUUCGUCUUGAUAUUGAGAAAUCGAUGUCUUUGAUGCAAACCAUCAUCGAAUUGGGACGAGUUAUGCGUGAUCGUCGCACGAUGCCACUUAAAUGUCCCCUCUCAGAAAUAAUUGUAAUUCAUAGAGAUCCGGAGAUUUUAGCAUCUGUGGAGCGUUUGUCCGACUUUAUUCUUAAUGAGCUAAAUGUACGCAAGCUGACACUCAGUUCCGAUAAAAGUAAAUACGGUGUAACAUUACGUGCGGAGCCGGAUCAUAAGUUAUUGGGUCAACGCCUCAAAGCCGACUUCAAAACUAUGAUGAAUGCAAUAAAAUCACUCGACGACGAAGAAAUACAAAAUCAAUUCUCCAAAGGCUACUUUUCUAUACGAGGUCAUCGCAUUGAGCUCUCAGAAGUGCGUAUAAUUUAUUGUGUGUCAGAAAAUUUGAAGACGAACUUGGAAGCAAAUAGCGAGAAUGAUAUACUCGUCUUGCUGGAUAUGACACCAAACGCCGAGUUGUUGGAAGAGGGUUUAGCACGUGAGAUCAUCAAUCGUAUACAAAAGUUAAAGAAGAAAGCUAAAUUGAUACCAACCGAUAAGGUGGUAGUUUUCUAUCGACUUAUCGAUACGGAUUCUCAAAAAUCAGACCAUACAGCGUCUAACGAAAUAUCAACCGUUAUAGGCAAAUACAUGAAUAUGAUUUCAACAACCGUUAAAUCGGCGCUUUUACUAUAUAACGACGAAGAUAAAAACAAGCGAAACGUUAUCAUAACGGAAUUAGUAACUGUUAAAGGUGUAAACUUAGAACUGACUAUUUGCUCAGCAGAAAAGCAUAAGACAGUAGAAAGCGUGAAUAUUAUGCUCGCCGAUAAUCUCACACCACGUUUUGGAGGAAAUAGACGCACAAGUUUGCAUUUGAGGAAUGGCGUAACUGGAGAAUUUAUUACACUAACACAAUUGCAUGCCGAGAUCGAUGUGAACUUUGGCCUUUAUGGCAUGAGUUAUAACGUUUACGGGUUCGAUAAAGUACAACAACAAAUACACACAUUAACCGCUAAUGAUUUAAAUGAAAAACUAUGUGGCAAGCAACUGGUGGUGGCGCUGAGGGAGAGUGAUGUGAGCAAAGCGACUUUUCUGUGAAAUUUUCAAAACAUUACU